CAGUAGACGUACGACCGUCGCCCGCGCACCAACGUUCAAGCCGAUCACGAGAUGGCGCUGUGCUAAACUGACCUGCUAUUCUGUGCUGUGAAUUGAACCAUAGUAUGAUAGUGAGAGUGAAAUGCUACAGCCUAGGUUAUUAAGUGGCAGUGAAAUGGGCUUUAUUAACUGUGUUUUAUGGGGUGCAGUGGCGGUGCUUUUGUGUACGACUUUAUCGACAUGUCAAGAUAUAAAUGAAAACGAGCCAAUAGAUGCGACUAGAAUAAAAAGGGAAGGAGUUCCAGAGAAUAGGGACCUGACAGUACUUCUCGUUAAUGACCAGAAUAGAAAUGACUAUGUCUCGAAGAUUGGGCGAUAUCAUAGCGUCAAACCGGUCAUAGGCCUUCUAACCUCCACGGCAAGAACUUUCAUCCAGGAUGGAGUUACUACGGAAUUUGCAACUCAAAUCCUCGGUACUACUUUAGAUAACGGACGAAUUUAUGCUCAAGUCCUUACCAAGUCGUCCCUCGUUCUCUAUAGUAGGCCCAACGAUGAUACAUUUGUUGUUAGUCCAACCCGUCUCCCUUCUCUUGAUGGAUGGAACGUCAAGCAAGAUUUAGGCAUUAUAGACCCAGAUAAAUUUGUACUUAAAAAUACUGAUUAUUUGGCGCCUAGCAGCAAAAUGGAUAUUGUUUACGCUAGCAAACCUGCUCAAGAAAACUUCAAAGUUUGGAAUGCUCCAUCCUCACCCGAUAAUCAAGUUAACAAUCAAAUUUUCGAAGAGCCAACUGCUCGUAGAGUACAAGCUUAUAAUGAAAUUCCAAAGUUUGAAGUCUAUAAUUAUCUUGACGGUCCAGCCAUUGAAAACGAGAAAAAGGUAGAUUAUGUACAACCUAGUAUUUUAGAUAAUGUUAGUAGUUUACAUCAUAGGCAAAGCAAGGCUUACGAACCAAUGCCAGAAUCUGUCAAAGAUACUGAGUUUGAAGAAGAUAAAAUUGAUGAAUCAAAUAUCGUUAAAGUUAAGCCCAGUUACGAUUUACCAACCUUUACGAUUAAGAACGAGUUUUCACCAAUAUUUUAUUAUAUUGAUAAUGUUGAAUCUCGCCAACCCGUGCAACAGGCAUUACCUGAAACAAAAUCACCUAAAAAGUUGUUCGGAUACAAAAGUGAACCAAGACCAAAGAAAACAUUUACUUAUCAAGGCUUCGCUGAUUUUACGACAGUUGUUGGUGAUACUGUUAUCAUAUUUACUCCUAACACAGAUAUAGUUCGCGAACCUAAUCCUGACGAAGUUAAUGUUUUCCCAUCUGCUAAACUUGUAGACUCAUUAGCAACUAAGAUAACAUUUUUAUCAGCUGAUAUUCCCGUUGCAACUGCUACAUUUAAGUCAAAUGAAGCAACAAAAUUAACAACUCCGAAUGGUCAAGAUGAAAGAUCUGAAAGACCAUUCUACAAUGGCGAUGAAAACAUGAAUAAAAAUCUAUAUCAAGUAGAUGACGAAAUUCCUGACUCUGUUAGCGUACAAUAUAAUAAUGGCUUUGAUUUAAAUUUAGACGUUAUACAGCCUUCUGAACCAGCGUAUACGACGACUGAGAGUACUCGCAAUACAAAUGAUUUAGAUAUUAUAGAAUUGAUCGAACAGAAUUCAAUGGCAACAGAACCUUUGAAUACAAUCACUCCAUCUUCAACAUUAAGAGAAGAGUCUAAAGAAUCUGUUGUAACAGAAAGUAACAAUAAUGAUCUUUUUACCAAUUCUGUGGAAGAAACUGAAAAUACCGCUGAAGAAGUUACGGAAAAAACGGAGGAAGAUGAAGAACCAGAAGAGGAUGAAAGUACUCAAGAUAUGGAUUCGGAAAUAUUAACAACAACAGAAAGUGGUCACAGUGAGGAGUCUGAAGAAAUAGAAACUACAACAGAAAACAAAUACAACAAACACGAAGAAGUAUUCUGCUCUGAUGGUCUUGAAACUCAAUCAACGAUGACGACGGCAUAUAAAACAUUAACUUAUUUAACAACUUAUUUCAUCCCACUAGAAAGUACAGAAACUACUACAUCUGUUAAAUCUGAUGUUGUAGUCGAAAGUAAUGUUGGCUAUUUGACUAACUUCGUGUGUAAAACUAGUAAUGUCAAUAUAGAACCUACAGCUGUCAUCAAUAUUGACGUAAAUCCAACAGAACAAAGUAAUAUAGAAGCACCAGAAAUCAUUGAAAAUGACAAUGAAAGUGAACAAAAAUUAACUACAGCUACAGAAAAGUCACCACCUACAACUCCGAUGGAAAAGGAUGUAUUGACUACUGUUAAAGAGGAAGAAGAAGCUUCAAAUGAUUCGGACAGAACACCAGAAGAAGAGCAAACUACUAAAGCAACCACAUCAACCACAGCUGAGAGGGUUUCUACAAGUCAAAGUCAUGUUGAAGUAUCUGUAAGUACAGAACAUACUCCAACGGAGCAAGUUACUAACAAAGAUGCGAAUGAAGAAGUUAAUGACGCAGAAAACGAAAUUGAUCUUAUUUAUAAAACGUUAUACACGACCUAUACAUACUUUACUACAUUCUUUGGGGACCAAACGUCUAGUGUAGCAAGUCAUAAAUCAAUAGUGACGAAUAUUAUAACAAACACAAUUGACCUAUCUAAAAUGGACCCAUCACUAAUCGACGCUUUUAAUGAAGGUGAAAUUGCUCCAACUAAUGUAGGUAUUGGCAGGCCAACAGAAACAUUUGCAAUUAACAGCAUUAUUGAUUUAGUCAAAAAUAAAGAUGUUAUAGAAUCAGUUGAAGGUGGCGAACACUACAGUUCUCAAACGCCAACUCCCAUAUUAGGUGAUGAUAUUAUAGCAAGUAUAAAACCAGACGGUGUGAAAACUUAUUUUACAACUUACACAUUCUUUACAACAAUUUAUGUUGGGUCUGAUGCCAAUGUUUGUAGUAGAAGUGAAGUUUAUACUAAUUAUGUUGGACCUGAUGAACUUAUACCUACAAAAGUUAAUCCGUUAGCAGUAGAAAAUACGAGAGCACAAUUUGAUUUUAGGAAUUGUAAACAAAUGAAAGGAAAAACACCAGAUAGUGAUGACGAAAAUGCGUCUAUGGAAAGUAGUGUUUCAAUGAAAGAAAAUAAUUUGGAAGAAAAUUCCAAGGAGUCGUCGCCACAACCUACACCCGUGGAAGUUGAUAUGUUAUUAAGUAUUGAUUCAAAUCCAUUAAUAUCGGAAAAUUCAUACGUUACUGAUGUAAAAUCGUCAUCGUCUAAAGGUGAAACAAAAUAUCUCGAUAAUAAUAAUGUCCUUGAUGAUCAAAUCAGUUCGGAAAGUAAUAUUGAUGAAAUAUUACCAUCACCUACACUUCUAUUACAAACAAGUUAUACGACCUUCACAUAUUUCACUACAAUGUACAUUGGUAAAGAUUCCAGUAAAGUUAAGAGUCGGUUAGAGACAAUAACAAAUGUUGUAACCGAAACUAUAACACCAAAAAUGGAACCGGAAGAGGAAAAUAAUUUACCGAUUACCUAUUACACUACCUUUACGUAUUGGACUACCUUAUAUAAGGAUAAAUCUACGACAAUAACAAGUCGCGAAGAAAUAGUUUCAAACAUAGUCACUCCAACAGUUCAAGUUUCACCUUCUAUAAGUCUUAUUGACACUUCGCCCAUUGACGUGGAGAAUAUUCCCUCACAAAAAGAUUUAGACGUCCUUAAUAUACAACCAUCUGUAAUUAAAGAUAACUUAGAACACGAGGAUGGAAAAGCAACAUUUUAUACUACCUACACCUAUUUUACUACUUUCUAUACUGGUAAUACAUCACAAAUAAGGAGUAGCUUAGAGACUGUAACGAAUAUUGUUGACAAUACAAAGGUUCUUGAAGAUAACCAACUUGGUAGAAAAGUGCCAACUGGUGCUGUAGAUAAGAAUUUAAUUCAAGAUAAUGACAAAUCGUUUAUAACUCCAACUCAAAUAAAGGAAGAGAUUAAGACAACUAAACUUCCUGACCUAUCUUCUGUAUCAUCUACAGUUUUACAAGGUACAUACAUAGAUAAUUUGUUUGCUGAAGUUAAUCCAGAAAAACCAGAAAAGCCUGAACCUUCGCCAGAACAAGAGAAGAAAAUUCUGUUUUCUCAAGUUGCUGUUAUUUCAGGAGAUUCCACAAUAGUAACCAAUGACAAUAAGACUAUAGAUGAUACUACUACAACAACAUCAACAUUUACUACGACGACUACUACAGAAGGAUCUAGUCUCCUAACAUCAAAUCCAGAGGUAAUUGAAAGUUCCGUUUCUGAACCAGAAACUACGACAGAAACAAGAUAUGAAUCUGAAGAAGAAGACGAUGAUUCAAAUCCCAGAAAAAGAGGCCGUCUCAGUUUUACCACUAAAAAACCUACUUUUACACCAGUUAUUAUUCCAUUUGCAUCUAGAAACAGGCCAACAUUUAGUCCUAAACGUCAACCCAUACCUAACAGUGCUACAACUAUAACUCGCCCGGAAUUCACACCAACUAUUACUGCAACACCAACACUAAAAUCUGUUAGGCCGUCGGGUGGCUUUGGUGGAAGUAGAAAACAAUCACUCGCUGGUAGCUCAUCAAAUCCAGGCAGAAGAUUUUCUGGUCGCAGUAGUGCGACUAUAAAUUUGUCUGCCAACAUUCCAGCUUCUAGACCUGGUGGAUUUGCUAGAGCAAGUAUUCAACCUACAUCUCGCCGUACUGGAUUUAGAUCAAGCUCAACGCGAAGCAAUAGUUUGGACUUUGCAAGCCGAUCGGCUGCAUCUAGAAUACGUCCUACAGCAUCAUCCCGGUUGAGAAAUGGUAGACAAUCCAGUUCUUUAUUCUUUACGGAACCUAAUGAAGCAGAAACAUAUGCGACUCAGCAGGAAGAAAACGCAACUGAAUCAUUAGAUGAAUUCACAGAGAGCCCUUCGCGACAAACUACCAACAAUCCAUUACUUAGAUUUAGGCGGCCUCCUAUUGGCCGGCAACCAGGCACAGCAAUAACUCCACGAACAACAACACCUUCUGCAAGAAGAAUUGUCACAGCACGCGGACGUGUAACAACAACAACAACAAGGAGAACUACUACUAGAACAACUAAUAAUCCAUUAUUGUCAUUACGUAGACAACGUCCAAAUGCUUUGUUCCCUAGAAGAAAUCUGUUCAAGCAACCCGAUCCUGAACCUGAAGAAGAAAUUGGAGAAAAUGAGCAAAAGGUUGAUGAAAGUGAUGAAAUUCUUGAUGAAGAAGAAUUUGAAGAAGACAAUGAUUACGAAUCAUCUGACAGACGAGAACAAAAGGUUGCAACACCCGCAACACCUCCUCCAAAACGAUCUAAUAUUGUAUCCAUUAGACCUUUUGGUUUUAAAAGAAGGGUUAAACGUCAAGUUGAUUAUGGAAAUAGAAAGUUCACAAAUUUCCGAAGACCGAGCACAAAGUCAGCUAGUACAAGAAAAGCAGAACCUGAACCAGAAACUGAAGCACCUGCUCCAGCUAAACCCAAACCAGGACGUUAUAACGUUCGUCCAUCAACAAACUCAAGAAGCACUACGGCAACAGCACCAAAAUCUGCAGCCAGACAACCGUUUAUAGUACGCGGUGAAAGUAGGUCAACAACUACUUCGGCUCCUGCUUAUAGGCGCGGUAAAGCGAGACCCUCGUCAAGAACAACAACUAUUGCGUCGAGGCCUAAAGCUCCACGUUUAUCUGGAAAGAGUACGCAGUCAUCGAGAUCAGGAACAGGCCGCACAACAAGUAGAUCUCGAGCUCGAACAACAACAAGCCGAGCAUCUAGCAGACAAAGAAGUUCAUUUGAAAACUUCAGUGGGGAAAGACAUAAUAAAUAUGAGAACGUUUUGAAUGAUGGUAAAAUAACAAUUACUCAUCAAAUUCCAAUAGAAGUAACCAUUCCUGUAGUGAAUGGAAAAAUAACAGAGUACAAAAAUGUACUUACUGCGAAACCUAGGAUAGAAACACUUUUAUUAAAUCAAGUGUCUACCUCGCUUGGACCUUUGGGUAAUCAGCAAUUAGUACUUGCUUUUGAGUCUACUGAAUUAGCUGAUAACGGAGCUACAAAAGUAACUAAGUUUGUCCUGCAUGAAACACCAACCACAACUGUCAUAUUUACACCAACAACCAUUCGUGGUCGUAAAACUUCAUACUCACACAUUUUACCAAGUACAGUUUAUAAUGUAGAACCCAUAGUUCAAACAGUAGCGCCAGAAAUAAAUGCUAAUGUACCUUUGGCUAAUUUACUACUUUCACAACUUCUUUUGGGUAAUCAGCAACCUGCAAUAAAUCCUCUUUUAGCAUUACAAGGCCAAGCAUUGUUACCCCAACAACCUGUAGUACAAACACCUGUAACCGAGUACAAAACUAGAUCUACUACCUAUGUAACAACAGUUACUGAUGCAAGAGAAACUGUUCUUCCCAUUACAUUUAGAGGUACACCCAUUUUAACCACAAUAGUUGAUCCAACUACAAAUGUCAUUACAGCCACAGAAUUUAUAACUGAUACUGUAGUUACGACACCAACAGUUCUUGCUCCACAACCUCAAUUUAAUUCUCUUCUUUUACCACUGCUUCUGCAGCAACAGCAGCAGCAGCAACAACAACAACAAUCAUUAUCAUUCCAAACUGCUAAUCCUUUAUUAGGUUUAAGUCAAUCUGACCUUAAUGCGUUGUCAAAUAGCUUAGGUAAUAAUAACAUUGCUCAAAAUAAUUUAAACAAUGAUAUCUUUAGUAAUAGUCCAAAACCAAACAUACUGCCCGAUUUUAAUAGUAACGAAGAUUUUUCUGAAGAUAUACGCGAUGAAGAUGAGGAAGACCUCACCCCCCCAACGCCGCCGCCUACGCGAAAAAGGCCCAGAGCAAAAGCUGCGAAACCAAGUCCACCAAAACAUACGAGUGUAGUAACUUUAUACGUAUCUGGUAAACACCCUGGUGAAUUUAGCACAGUUCUGUCAACCGUCGUUACUGAUGACACGCAAACUGUUAGGAAAAGAGAGGCCAUAUAUUUCGAAGAUGUCCAAAUUGUACCAUCUUUGCUCCCAUCCGUUAACGAACUGUAUGGCUCUCAUGACAACAACGCGCUUGAAAACUCUAUUGUUUCCGAUAUGGAUAAAUACUUUUUAAGUUCAGAAAAAGAAUCGCAACUUGAAACACAAAGCUUAGAAAGUAUCGUAGGAAGUUUAAGUAAUCACAUAAAAUAUGACGCCUCACCAACUUAUGUCGUAAAAUUAGCAAGCCCAUCUUCAAUUAGAAAUAGAAAACAAAGCUCAGUGGACGACGUCUCUUGAAGACCGAACAAUUGGUUAGGUGUAUAGUAAUGGUGUAGUUAUUUAUUUCCAUUGUAUCAUAGUAAGUUAACUAUGAAUAGUGCCUUAUAGUUGUAAUAAAUAGUUUAAGAUAAAAUACUCUUUUGUACUUUAUUAGAUUUAUAUGUGUAUACUUCUUUAGAAUCACCAAAAAUAUUCUUUUUGUUACCAGAAAUGUACCUUGGGUAACUUCUAUCUAAUCACUGCCUAAGAAUGACUCUUGGUUCUAAGUUAAUUUUAAUGAAUAGAAUCUUAAUACUCGAACAUACUCGUCUUGCUUUUAAUUGUAAAUUGCAAAAUACGACUUAAAAUGUUAAUAAUAAAUUGUAAUGAAAUUUAA